AUGUCGUCCUGCGAUCUAGGAUCUGAAUUCCGAUCCGGGACCUCGACGCUCUCUACUCAGGCUUUCAGCCUCGUCAACGACGACUCCGACGACGAGAUUGUCUUCGAUAUUUCUUCGGGAUCCCAUUCCUCAGAAGAAAUCUCGACAGAGAGUAGCUUGGACUCCGAUGAAGAGGACUUUGUGGUCCUCAGCAGGCCACUUUUACUUCCUAGUCGCAGCGCUACCCCCAAUCCUCCGCAGCUCCGUGUAUCUCUACCUUCUAGCAGUCCUUCAGGACUUACCUCGGAUUUUGCGCGGCUUUCUAUGAACAGUAAAUCUCUAAAGACAUUAAAGAACGUCGCUACCCCCGUCAUAGACGACGACUCUCCUCCUUUGACGCCUGUAGAUUUCAGGAUGUCCAAGAACCAUAGGGCUGGAUGCAGGGUCGGGGAUGAAGCUCCGGUGGUUGGUCUUGGAUUUCGCCCAAUUGUCGAUGAUAUCUCGGAAAGCAACUUUUCGACUGACUACGAACAGGAGGCCGAUGAUUCUUAUGUAUAUGAAGAAGCUAAGAAAUACGUCACUUCUUUCCUCCAGAACCCUUCUGCAUACUGUGAAUCCUCGUCCCGACUCACCCUCUUACAAUCUUUGAUCAUCGAGCUUGGUUUAUCAAGCUCGUCACUGCCUAUGUCCCUGCACGCUGCACAGGCAGUGCUCAAAUCGCAAGCCUUCCUCAAUAUUCGAGAAUAUCUUGCUGUCCGGGACAAGGGACCAGAUGCUGUGAAGCAAGUCAUGUAUCCCAGCCGCUCAGCACUGAUCAAAUCGAUUCGCAAGCAGCCACGUAACCGUGCUUCCAUCAGCUGGGUUAAAGAACAUGGUCUGCAGGUCCUGCUGGUUACUGCCUAUCAUCAUUAG